UAUACUAUUUGAAAUUUCAUCGAAACAAUGUGGUAACACUGUAUAUAGUGCUUUAUCAAUGCGACGCCAUAGAAGUUACUGUUAAUAUAGCAUUCCCGCUAUUGCUACAGGAUUGUCGACUUGUAACUUUGUUAAUAUAUUUUAAACUGAACAUUGCACUAGUUGCAUUUUAUCGGAAGGAAAGACUGAGGGAGUUUAUAUUUGGUUAUCUAAUUUGGGAAAGCGACUCCAUCUUCUAAAAAGAAACAAUGAGCCGAGGAAGAUCUGAAACUUCUACGAAAGUAUUCGUUGGAAGUCUGCCAAAUGGAGCUUCACCUGAAGAUUUAAGGAAGCUUUUUGAACCCUAUGGAGAAAUUUCCGAAUGUGACAUUGCAAAUCGAUGUGGAUUUCUUCAUUUGGAGGAUGAAGCACUAGCCAUGAAAGCCAUUGAAGAGUUGAAUGGUACAGAUUUCAUGGGAACUAAAAUUUCUGUUGAAAGGGGUCGUGUCAAACCAAGACGAAGUGGAGGUGGAGGCGGUCCUCGAGGUGGAAGAGAUCGUGGAAGCCCUUACUCUAGAGGAGGUGGGGACUUCAGAGGGCCUCCCAGAAAUGGUGGUUUUGGAGGUGGGAGAGACUUUCCUCCUCAUAGGGGAGGUGGAUAUGACAGGCCACAAAGAGGUGGAUUUGGUGGAGGCGGGUUUGAUGAAAGACGGGGUGGACCUAGUUAUGAUGAUAGACGGAUGGGAGGAGCUGGAGAAUAUGACAGGCGUUCAGGUGGACCAGGAGGAUAUGAUGAUAGAAGAGGUGGACCAGAUCGUAGACUUUAUGAUGACAGACAAGGCUUUGACAGUGGUAGGGGGGGUUUCGAUGAUAGAAGGCCCAUAGGAGGAUAUGAUGAUAGAAGAUCAGGGACUGAACGUAGACCAAUGUUAGAUGCUCAAGGUGAUAGAGGUGUUCCAAGUGGAUCAUUUGAUCGGUCUGGUAGUGGAGAUUUGUUCAGUCGCAGAGACCAAGGGGCACUGUCAAAGGCAACUAGUUACGACAAUCGUGCUGGAGGCUAUGGUCCUAGCUCAAAUGGCUACGGGGGAGGAAUGGGAGGAAGAUAUGCAGAUGAGCCGUCUGCUGGUUAUGGAGGAAGUUAUGGGUCUCCACCUGCUGGUGGAUAUGGUGCCACAUCUGCUGGAGGUUAUGGCUCUUCAUCUGGUGGUGGAUAUGGUUCUCCUGUUGAUGGUGGGUAUGGUUCCUCUGCUGGCGGAUACGGUUCCUCUAGUGGUGGAUAUGGAUCCUCUGGUGGCGGAUACGGAGAUAGAGGUGGUUAUGGCGGAGGCUCUGCAGGAUAUACUAAUUCCUAUCAACCUGGAGGAGGUGCAGGAACGUCUGCACCUCGAGGUGGAUAUGACUCAGCCUACCCUCCUCUUCCUCAACAACGAGACUAUUCAAGCGGUGGCGGACCUGGCGGAAUGCGAAGAGACGUGCCUCCCGGACGCAGAUUCUGAAAAAAAAAACCACAUUUGCGCAUUAAUAUGUAAGGUGGCAUCGCACUUCUAUCUGAAACAUUUGCGUCAGUAACUUAGCUUAGGUUGAGGAUUCAAGUAUAAUGUUUGCGUUACUGUUGCGCCAAUUACCCCUCAAAGUAAUAUUUUUAUUGGACAUAAUUUUGAGUUUCAUUUUUUAAUAAAAUACAUAUUUGCAAUAAACACGGUUUUUUCCAAAACU